AAUUGAGAGUAAAUUGAAGAGAGAAGAAGAUUAUUCAAUGCGCAGAAAACCGAGCAGACUACAAGUAAUUCCUUUUCGGGAACCGUUCAACUGGAAAGAAGCACGAGCAACGGUAUAUUGGAGUGAUUGCACGAACUUUAAAAAACUCAUAAUGCAGGAUCCAAAUGCAGAUACAGAAUGGAAUGAUGCUUUAAGGCGUCAUGGAAUAAUACCACCCAAGGAAAAAGAAUUUACUGAAGAUGAAAUUGUGAAUCUUGUUGAAAAUACAAUUCAAGAAAAGAUGCGGGAGGAUGGUAAUAAGAAACUUGAAGAUAUGUCUCUUGAUGAACUUGACUUUAUUGAAGAUGAAGAGGAUGAAAGAGUCUUAUUAGAAUACAGGAAGAAGAGGUUAGCUGAAAUGAAAGAACAGGCAGCAAAAGAGAGAUUUGGGGAAGUGAGAGACAUAUCUGCUGCAGAUUAUGUAGAGCAAGUGAAUAAAGCUGGGGCUGGUGUUUGGGUCGUCUUACAUCUGUAUAAACCUGCAAUACCUUUAUGCACAAUGAUUAACAAUUAUUUGCACAUACUAUCAAAGAAAUUUCCAUCUGUGAAAUUCCUUCGUAGUAUUUCAGACACUUGCAUUGAAAAUUAUCCAGACAGAAAUCUCCCAUCAGUUUUUAUUUAUUAUGAAGGUCAGUUGAAGGAAAAAUUCAUUGGUCCAGAAGCUUUUGGAAAUCUCAACUUUAAAGCUGAUGAGUUUGAAUGGAUGUUAUCUGAAGUUGGUGUUUUAAAGACUGAUCUGGAAUGUAAUCCUAGGAAAAAAGUUCAAGAUGUGCUUUUGUCUUCCUUGAGAGGUUAUUCAGAUAAUGAUGAUUGGUAGCACAAAAAGAAAUGUUUUUAAAUUAUGUUUAAAUUUUUAAUAAAAUUUAUGUUGUUUCAA